CUGGACGAUGGAUAGGUCCUCGAGCAAGUCCUAAAAUGCCGGUAAUGAGGGGCCUCCUGGCUCCCCAAAACACCUUCCUGGAUACCAUAGCAACCCGCUUUGAUGGCACGCACAGUAAUUUUGUCCUGGGCAAUGCCCAGGUGCGCGGGGCCUUCCCUGUGGUUUACUGUUCCGACGGCUUCUGUGAACUAACCGGCUUCUCCCGGGCUGAGGUCAUGCAGCGUUGCUGCGCUUGCAGCUUCCUCUAUGGGCCCGACACCAGCGAACUCGUCCGCACUCAGAUCCGCAAGGCCCUCGAUGAGCGCAAGGAAUUUAAGGCUGAGCUCAUUCUCUACAGGAAAAGCGGUGUCCCCUUCUGGUGUCUCCUGGACGUGGUGCCUAUCAAAAAUGAAAAGGGAGAAGUGGCUCUUUUUCUGGUCUCCCACAAGGACAUCACCGAGACCAAGAGCAGAGCAUCUGCAGAAAACUGGAAGGAAGGAGGUGGACGGCGACGCUACAGCCGAGCUGGGGCCAAAGGUUUUAAUGCCAACCGUCGGCGAAGCCGGGCUGUGCUCUAUCAUCUGUCGGGGCAUCUCCAGAAGCAGGGCAAAGGGAAGAGCAAGCUCCACAAGGGUGUCUUUGGGGAGAAACCUGCCCUCCCCGAAUACAAAGUGGCUGCGGCGCGCAAGUCCCCCUUCAUCCUGCUGCAUUAUGGGACCUUCAAGGCUGGCUGGGAUGGGCUGAUCCUCCUGGCCACGCUGUACGUGGCUGUCACGGUGCCCUACAGCGUCUGCUUCAGCGUCACCAAGGACGAAGGGCUUCCUGAGGCUGCCCGGGCUCCCCCCAGCGUCUGCGACCUUUCCGUUGAGAUCCUUUUCAUCCUAGACAUCGUGCUGAAUUUCCGCACCACCUUCGUCAGCAAGUCCGGGCAGGUGGUGUUUGACCCUCACGCCAUUUUCCUGCACUACCUGACCCGCUGGUUUGUGCUGGACCUCAUAGCAGCCCUGCCCUUCGACCUCCUCUACGCCUUCAAGGUCAAUGUGUACUUUGGGGCCCACCUCCUCAAGACGGUGAGGCUCUUGCGGUUACUGCGGCUGCUGCCCAACCUGGACCGGUACUCCCAGUACAGCGCUGUGGUGCUCACCCUGCUCAUGACCGUCUUUGCUCUCCUGGCCCACUGGGUGGCUUGCGUCUGGUACUUCAUCGGACAGCGGGAGGUGGAGAGCAGCCCCUCCCAGCUGCCGGGGAUAGGGUGGCUGCAGGAGCUGGCUCGACGCCUAGAGACCCCCUACUACCUGGUGCAGAGGAACAGCAGCGGCGAAGACGAUGCCGCCAACCGGACGAGCCCCACCCUGAACGGCAGCACCUGGGAGCUGCUGGGGGGGCCCUCGCUGCGGAGCGCCUACAUCACCUCCCUCUACUUCGCCCUCAGCAGCUUGACCAGCGUGGGCUUCGGCAACGUGUCGGCAAACACUGACUCAGAGAAGAUUUUCUCCAUAUGCACCAUGCUGGUGGGGGCCUUGAUGCAUGCAGUGGUCUUUGGCAACGUGACCGCCAUCAUCCAGCGCAUGUACGCCCGCCGCUUCCUCUACCACAGCCGCACGCGUGACCUGCGCGACUACAUCCGCAUCCACCGCAUCCCUUCGCCCCUGAAGCAGCGCAUGCUCGAGUACUUCCAGGCCACGUGGAGUGCCAGCAACGGCAUCGAUACUCGUGAGUUGCUGCAGAGCCUCCCGGAUGAGCUUCGCGCGGACAUUGCCCUGCAUUUGCACAAGGAGCUGCUGCAGCUGCCCCUCUUUGAGGGGGCAAGCCGGGGCUGCCGGCGCUCCCUUUCGCUCAGCGUCCGUACUUCAUUCUGCACCCCGGGGGAAUACUUGAUCCGGCAGGGGGACGCGCUCCAGGCCCUCUAUCUCGUCUGUUCGGGCUCCAUGGAGGUGCUGAAAGACGGCACCGUGCUUGCCAUCCUAGGUAAAGGGGACCUGAUCGGUUGCCACAUCUCAUCCAAGGAGGCAGUGGUCCAAGCCAAUGCAGACGUGCGGGGCCUCACCUACUGUGACCUGCAGUGCCUGAGCCUGCCUGGCCUACUUGCCAGCCUGGAGCUCUACCCAGAAUUUGCCAGCAAGUUCCGCCGUGAACUCCCUUGUGAGCUCAGCUACAACCUGGGUGGGGGCAGCAUCUUCCAGGCCGGGUCCCCACCCCUGAACAGCAGGGAGCCCACCUCCUCGCUCUCCGUGGUGGGGAAGGACACAGACGCUUCAUACCCUCCGCGCUGCAGAACUCCCUGCUUGCCCACAGAGGCUGCGGAUGAACCCUCCAGCCCCCUCUUCACUUCCUCCACGGGGGGCCACGGCCAUCAUCCCACACGGCCAGGCUUUCCUCGCCACCCACCCUUUGAAACCUCCUCACGCCCCACAGCGUUGCGGCUCCAUGGCGCCCCCUGCAGCGGCCCCCCAGACCUCAGCCCCAGGGUUGUCGAUGGCAUCGAGGACGGUUCCAGUUCAGACAAGCCCAUGUUUAGCUUCCGUCUCGGCCCUUCAGGCCCGGACUACAGCAGCCCUUCACCUGGCACAGACAGCGGCCUGCUCACCAUCCCUCCCGAGCUAUCUGGUGCCGACACGAUAGAGAAACUGCGCCAAGCGGUGGCGGAACUCUCCGGGCAGGUUCAGCAAAUGCGCGAAGGCCUGCACUCUCUGCGCCAGGCGGUACAGCUCUUCCUGCUUUCCCAGACGCCCAGCCAGUCCCGCGUCGAGCCUUCAUCCUACGGGCCUUUCCCCCACGCAGACGCUCCUGCUACUCCUCUGCUGAGCCCACUCCGGGUAGACACCGGACUCUCGCCAAGCUUCUGCCCCCAUAGCGGCCCCCCAGCACCCUGUCCUAAUGGGGCCUGUGGCAGGGUUCAGUGGCUGUGGGCCCCACCAGCCGGACAGAGCUCCCCUUGGCCUGGAACGUUUUGGACCCUGGGGCCAGGAAAGGACUCCGAGGGAGGGGCUGUACCAGCAGCCAGCCACGGAUUGAAAGACCAGGGGAGCAACACCCAGCUGCCAAGCCAGAGCCAAAGAGAGAGCGCCCUGCCUCAAGCCUGCUCCCCCACAGACCCAGCAGGCCUCACGGAAACCAAACCUUCCAGGACUCAACCCUGUGAUUCCUCGAGCCUUGAGAUGGUGCUGAUCAGCCCUGGGGAUGACGGCUCUCCUUGCAGUGCCCCUUGCUGGCCAGAGGAGGAAGGGACCGGCCUAUGAACCUGUCUGGCUUGCCCACUCAUAUAGGGACCAGUCACUGGGGUCUUUCCGGCCUGGACUCGUCG